AUGACCGCCAUCGAGCAUCUGGACGAGGACGUCGGCCAGGUCAACGUGGUGUACAGUGGCACCGAGCCGGGCGUAUACAAGUUCGACUACCGCGUCCCCGUGCCUCGGGUGCAGACACCCGACACGGUCCCGCCUACGGAGGAAGAUGAAGACGCAGACCAGAGCGCGCGACACAUCUCCCUCCUCCCGAACCGGGGCCAGGUCGAACCCAACCUCGUCGCGUCGUACAAUCUCGUCACCUCCCCGCCCUUCGGGGCCAACCAGCCCUGGCCCCUGAUCUCUAACCCGCCCAAACCGCCCUCGACGGCGCUCCGCACCACUCGCGCCGCUAUGCGCCUCACAGCCUGGGUCAAGGGGUGGAUCGCGUACUGGCUCCGAUUCCAUGUCCGCGGGUGGAAUGGCGUGUUUGGGGGGAUGUGGCGCGCCGUCGCGCGUGUGUUUGGGCGUACCCAGGCGGCAUGCGCAUUGACUCUUUCUCGGCAUGCAACUUACAUUGACUGUGCUGUUGAGCGGAAUGGGGCUGAGACGGCCGAAGUCGAGAUUCACGUUCGGUUCCCUUCCCAAGGGAGGAACCUCCCAGACAAACGUCGAAACCCUGUCGAAGAAGAGUCUGGCUUGGCGGGGAAAAUCGAUUGCCUCAACGGUGGCGGAAUGCCGCAAAUUCAUCAUUUCCACUUGGCAAACAAUGAUCUCAACCGUCCCCCUUCAGUGUCGUACAGCACAGUUUCAAUUCCAUACACCUCCACACUCCCUCCCAAGUCCGAUUGUAACAUUUCCCCAGUCCUCGGCCACCCCGUCCCCGCCCUCUUAGACAACAACGCUACCCCUCCAGUCAGCACAGACAACGUGUGCGUCUGCUCAACUCGGCCAGAACAACAAGUCGAGGCGAGUAUGCUUAGCGACAGACCCAGGACGCCAACUUGGGGCCACCCCCAUCCCGUUCCGAACCAGGGAUGUCCUGGCUCAGCUGCACCGUCUACUGAAUCGCCUCGGCAGCCGGUCGGCGGCGGCUGUGCCGCGGACAGCACCACACCUUCGUCAAUCAGUUCUGCUCCCUCUCUGACGCUUACUAACCCCCAGACCGUGCAGCGGUUCAGCGCUACUUUUCCAAUCAACCUGCAGGCGUUCACGCAGUCUGUUGCGCAAGUCGCCGCAGCGAACAUACUUCUCGUCGACGAGGACGCCGCCGAAAAGCAGUGGCAGGAAGAGUGGGCCGCCCUCCUCCGGCUGCCCGAGACAAUCGAUCAGGCUGGUGGAGUGGUAAAGUCGCUUGAAGGAUGCCUUUGUCGUGUUGUUCGCGAGGGGAACCUGGCCCAAGUGCAUGUUUCCAGGAAGCCUGGUCUUCACGCUCUGCAACUGCAUCAGACCCUCAUCAAUGCCACGACCGAGUCCUCGUCUUCGGCGACUUCACGCCGCACUCCCCGUACACAGGGUCAAGCGCGAGCGGACAUGGGCCGUCGGGGAGUGCGCAAGCCCGACAUGGCCUGGAUGGCCAAGGGCCGCGUCACUGGAGGCGCUGGCAUAGCCCGACCAGUCUCAGUCUCCGAGACUGGAGAGAUCAAGUCUGAGGUAGAGAAGGCCAAAGCGGGCUUCGCCCAGGGUCUGCUCUAUGCGGUACUCAGCCACGAGCUGUCGGGAGCGCAGCUCGGCUUCUCGGUGUUCCGGGAGCGUUUUGCUCGGUUUUUCGUUCUGUCCGACCGCCUCGUGGCAUGCGACAGGCUACUGAGUCCCGCCUCGAAUAGGGCCGCCCCCCACCUGACUUCCUGCGACGCUCUCCUGGACUUCCUCGACGGCCUGACUAACGCCGAAUUUGUACGAGCGCUUCCGCUCUCAUUGAGACGCGAGCCCGACAGCGACGAGGUCGACCCCGACAGUCUGCAGUAUAUCGCGCGCUGGGCGGUCGCGGGAUACCGGUGCAUCCUACGUCUCCCGCAAGAAGGCCCAUUCCUUCCUUUCCCACCCAGUCGUUCCGUUGUUGCGAUGGAGGCUCAAGCUCGCCUUCAGCUCGACAGCGAAGAGCAGUGCGUCCGCGGACUGAAAGUCGCACGAUCAAACAUCCGUACCGCCUCCGGCCGGCGCGGGUUUCCUCCCGCUAAGGGCGGCGACCUCCCCAACCCCAGCUCAGACUCUGAAGCGAGCCGUGACCGAGAGGAACCGGGGUCUUCGGGAAAGGUCUCGAACCACGACGACGACUCGGGCUCGCGACAGGCGGCCACAGACAGCUCAGAACCAGGACAUGAUACCGCCGAGAUUGCAGCUCUCGAAGUCCGAAUGAGGGAGCUUCCUGCGGUCGAGGAGGAGGACGGCAACGUAGACGGAGACGACGAGAGGGAAGGAGAAGAAGGACCGAUGCCGGAGGACGACGACGUCUUCUGGGGCGACGGCGGCAGGAAGAACAUCGAUGUACCCGACAGGAUCCCGAUGCCGACGGUUCUGGAAAGUCGUGCGAGCGUGGCCUCUCCCGAAUCAGAAGACGACACUCUGUCAGAGAGCGCCGCCCUCGACAUGCUCCGCCGCUCGGGUAUCCGCGUCAUCUUCCUGCAUCCUGAUGUAAUGGAUCGCCUCAUCGAAGAGGAGAAGGAGGAGGCUACGGCCAAACCGGUGACGGAAGCCACAGUCUCGGCCGUCAGUCACCAGAUCACGGUGUAG